UUUGUAUUCGUAUUCGUGUUCAGUCAUUUUUGCAUAAAAAGAAGAAGAGGCACAAAGACAAGUGCGGGCGUGAAAACCGAAUUCAUCUGGCGUAUCUAAAACUUCUGAAAGGCAAUUUUACGCACAUAAUAACAAAAUCGACAUGUCCGCCAGGAGAGCAACGCACGCAGGAAGCUGGUAUACAGAUUCCGCCUCUGAACUCUCCAGACAAUUGGAUCGUUGGUUGGGCGCUGCCGAUUUAUCCCAUGGACCAGCACGUGCCAUUAUUGCGCCACAUGCCGGCUACGCCUAUUGUGGUGCCUGCGGUGCAUAUGCCUAUCGACAAGUGAGCCCCGUUGUUGUUAAACGCAUAUUCAUAUUGGGACCAUCGCAUCACGUCCGCCUGCGCAGCUGUGCCUUAUCGGUGACGAAAAAGUAUAAGACGCCAUUAUAUGAUCUCAAAAUUGAUACGGAAGUCAAUGCCGAGCUGGAAAAGACGGGUCAAUUCACCUGGAUGGACAUAAAGACGGACGAGGAUGAGCACUCUAUUGAAAUGCAUUUGCCUUACAUAGCCAAGGUUAUGGAGGACUUUAAGGAUCAGUUCACUAUUGUGCCUAUACUGGUGGGCUCGCUGAAUCCGGAGCAAGAGGCCCAGUAUGGCAGCCUAUUGGCCAAAUAUUUCAUGGACCCAACGAACCUAUUUGUGAUAUCUUCCGAUUUUUGCCAUUGGGGCCAGCGCUUCAGUUACACCUACUACGAUCGCUCCUGCGGCCCCAUACACAAGUGCAUCGAGCAGCUGGACAAGCAAGGCAUGGACAUCAUUGAGACGCUCAGUCCAUCUGCGUUUACAGAGUAUUUGCGCAAAUAUAAUAAUACGAUAUGCGGUCGUCAUCCAAUUGGCGUUAUGCUGGGCGCCGUUAAAGCCCUGCAGGAUCAGGGCUUUAAGAAUAUGAGCUUUAAAUUUUUGAAAUAUGCACAGAGCAGCCAGUGCCUGGACAUGGAGGACUCCAGUGUUAGCUAUGCCUCCGGUUCGCUAAUCUUUGAGAAUUAAACAAAACAUGC